CCGCACUUGAAACCCGAAGUACUUCCAUUGAGAGGUUGGUAGCUCUUACCACGGAACAUCUCCCCAACUUUGCCGCACAUAUCUUCAACAUCAGGCACCAGUUUUCCGCUCUCAAGACGAUGAAGCAUAGCAUCCAUGAUGAUGAUGUGAUGGUCCAUAUCGAUUACAGCGAAAAUUGGAGCUGCAAGUAUGCGCGGGAAGUGAAGGAUACCCAUUUCGGAGGUGGGAACCAGCAGGUAACCCUCCACACUGGUGUGUUCUACAACAGUAAAGGCAGGGUGGAAGCCUUUGCAUCAGUGUCUGCCAGCCUCCAGCACAAUGCAACAGCAACAUGGGCCCACCUGGAACCUGUUUUGAGGUACAUCCGCCAACAACACCCCAAUGUAUGUAACAUACAUUUUGUUUCUGAUGGCCCAACAUCCCAAUACAGAAACAGAAAUUCGUUCUACUUGGCCUCCACUGUACCAUUCCUCCAUGGAUUUAAAUACGUGACAUGGAACUUCACAGAGGCGUCUCAUGGAAAAGGAGCCCCAGAUGGCGUGGGGGCAGCCUUAAAAAACCUGGCAGACCGAAUAGUGGCAUACGGCCAAAGCAUCAAAGAUGCAGAUACUCUGUUUCAGCAGCUGACCCUGAACUCCUCGGUAACUCUAUUCCAGGUGUCUGAGGACAAAAUUAAAGAGAGGGGUGAAUUGCUUCCUCCACACCUUAAGCCAGUCCCAGGGACAAUGAAAAUCCACCAACUGAUGUCCACCACUCCUGGGGUAGUUCACACGAGGGAAGUGUCAUGUUUCUGUCAGAAAAAUUGUGAGUGCUUCUCUCCAUCACGCCAUGCAUUUGCGGAGGAAGACGACGUUUCCACAAAGCCACCAGAGGCUUCCAUAGAGGUUGGCCAGUGGGUCCUUGUGGAAUACGACGCAGAUCUGUUCCCCGGUGUAGUUACACAGAUUGCAGAUGACCAGUAUGAGGUGGACACUAUGAACUGCGCUGGGGAAAACCGAUUUUAUGUGCCAUCAAUUAAGUUUUCUGGGGAAAAGGUGUGGUACUACCGCCACGACAUCAAAGACCAAAUUCCCGAGCCUCUGCCAGUCACUUCCUCUGCGAGGCAUUUUUGUGUUUUGCCUGAUAUUUGGGCUAAACACAAGCUGCGCACCUGAUGCAUAUUGUGAUGUAUGAGAUGAGAUGAGCACAAUGAGAUGUUGUAAUGAUCAUUUUGUAUGUAAACAUUCCAUUUCGAUUUAUAUCUACAUUG